GGGAGGAAAAGGGAAGAAGAAGAAGAAGAAGAAGAACUUGAGCUUUGAGCUUUUAGCGCAUCACUGUUUUCUCUAAACUCUUUUCACCUUUUCACCGUGGAUGAACCGAAGAGCGACCCGAACUGAGGUUGAUGCUCGGGAAAUAGAGCUUCCAGACUUCAGGAGGGCGUUCGUGCGCUUGUCGUGGACGCGAUGGGGCCGAGGAGGAAGGCGUCCAAACUCCAGCCUUUGAUGGGCGGCGGCGGAGGGGAACUGUUCCUGAGACUCACGGAGCCCAAAGACUACAUCAACGAGCUGUCCCACGAAGUCCUCUGCCACAUAUUCAGGUACCUUCCCAUGAAGGAUAUCAUGUGCAUGGAGUGUCUGUCUAGAAAACUUCGAGAAGCUGUGACUUUGUACCUGCGCGUCGUCAAAGUGGUCGACCUAUGCGCCGGCCGCUGGUGGGAGUACAUGCCUUCAGGCUUCACGGACAGCAGCUUUUUGAUCCUUUUGAAGAAGAUGCCCGACCUGGAGCAGCUGUACGGCCUCCACCCGCGGUACCUGGAGAGACGACGGGUCCGGGGCUACAAGGCUUUCAGCAUUCCUGGAGUCCUGGAGGCUCUGCAGGCCUGUCCCAAUCUGCUGGGCGUUGAGACGUCCCACUUAGAGCUGGUUGAAGCCAUAUGGAACUACAUGCCCCAAGUUCACAUCCUGGGAAAGUUUCGCAACCGCAACGGGGCUUUUCCCAUUCCUCCCGAGAACAAGCUCACCAUCCCGAUAACUGCCAAGAUCCAGACUUUACAUCUAGUGGGUGUGAACGUCCCAGAAAUCCCCUGUGUGCCAAUGCUGCGCCACCUUUACCUGAAGUGGGUCCGUCUCACCAAACCUCAGCCCUUCAAAGACUUUCUGUGCGUCAGCCUGAGAACGUUCGUCAUGCGCAACUGUGCCGGACCGACCAACUCCCUCAAAUACGUGCCCCUGGUCACCGGCUUGGCCUCCGCCCGAAACCUGGAGCAGCUGGAGCUGGUGAGAGUCCCCUUCCUGGGGGGGCUGAUCCAACAUGUGGUGGAGGACAGCUGGAGGUCAGGAGGAUUUCGGAACCUCCACACCAUCGUGUUCGGAGCCUGUAAAAACGCUCUGGAAGUGGAUUUAGGCUACCUCAUCAUAACCGCUGCUCGCAGGCUUCAUGAGCUCCGCAUCCAGCCCUCACUAACCAAAGACGGAGUCUUCUCAGCGCUCAAAAUGGCCGAACUGGAGUUUCCUCAGUUCGAGACUCUUCAUCUGGGACACGUGGACGAGUUCCUGCUGCAAUGUAAGAUGAGUCAUCCGGAGCUGGUGAAGUACGGUUUGGCCGACGUCAUCGAAAACCCAGGAAUCAUCACUGACAUCGGCAUAAAAGUGGCAAACGAGGUGUUCACCAACAUUAAAUACCUGCUCAUCUACAACUGUCCUCACCUUCACAAUCCUCACUUCUGGAUCACAGAUCAGUCCAGAUGGAGCCGUCUCGUUGAUCUCACUCUUAUUCGCUGUCAUGCCAUCAAACUAGAAUCUUUUUCCCAGUUCAUAGAGUUACUGCCCAGUCUGGAGUUUAUCUGUUUGGACCAGAUGUUCAGAGAACCACCCAAGGGUUGUGCCAGGGUGGGCCUCAGUGCAGGGACUGGCAUCGGUGUGUCGUCAGCACUGGUCAGCAACCAGAACUCCAACAACGACAACGACAACGAUCACCACCAUCACCACAACGAGGCCAACGUGGCUCCCGCUCCUCCGCCCGUCCACAACAUCAACAACAACAACCAGCGGCAACAGCACAAUGUGGAGGUAAAUGGGAUCCAGGAAGAAGUUGAGGAGGAGGAGGUAAUUUUGGAGGAGGACAACAUGGAGGCUGAGCCUCAGAUAGCACUGAAAGGAGCCGAAGGGGGGGCGGGUGCUGAGGAAGGUGACGUGGGUCCAGGGUCCAGUCAACCAGCUGGAGCCCCUCGACCUCAAGACGAGGAACAAGCAGGUCCGAGCGGUUUAGUUCAGCAGUCCAGACCCUCCGGCGCCCCCGCUCCCAGACCCCCGCUGGUCAUCUCCGACUCGGACAGCGAAGAAGAGGAGCGACUCGUUUCGAGGCUGAUGCCGCCGGCCUGUUUGCAGCAGCCGGCGACGUCCCAGACAAAAGGUAAAGGAAAGACUCCGCUGCGACGAUGCAACACUCUGGGCGUGUCGGUGGAGGCGUCGGAGCAGCCGAAGGCCAAGGUGUCGGAGAGCAGCUGUGAGAAGAGCUGCCAGGUCACCAGCGAGCAGAUCAAGGCGGACAUGAAGGCUGCCACCGAGAACAGCAGGAGGACUAGUGGUAAAGGAAUCGCCGUGGAGUCUGUGGAGAACCCGGCGAGGCCCGAGGCCGACUCUGUGACGGAGCAGGGCCCCGGGAGGGCCGGGGCCGGGGUAUCACGGACCGGGGGGAGUCUAGUCAGUGGAUCUGUGGGCAGGGUGGGGCCUGUGGCGGCGCCCCCGUCUGGCCACGGGAGGGUGGUGGUGGUGGGAGCGGCGUCCGCGACCGCCGACAGAGCUGCGGCGUCCGGUAGGACUAACGGGGGCACGGAGGGGCCGUCCGACGCACAGGCCCGGGACAGUUUCACGAGGGAGGGAGGGGGGAGGCAGAGUUUUGAUCCUGCCGGCGGCCAAGACGGCGCCGCUGCUGCUUCUGCUGCUGCUGCUUCUGUCAACCACCCCCUCAGGAGACCAGCACCACCGCCUCGACAUGGGGAGGGACAACCUGCCCGGGUUGGGUCUGGUUCAGACGCACAGGGUCAGUCCUGUGGGGACCUCGUUAGGAGACCUAUGACCCGAUCCUGCUCCCGCACGUCCUCUGUGUCCUUACUGCCCGAGACAGACCUGUCGAGAGCGAGGCCUCGCGUGGCCGUGAGGAGGAAACGAAUGGCUGACAAAUCCACCAGCACAUCAGACCCGGUCACCGAGGACGACCACGUACAGAUUUUGUCUCUAAAGAGUAAGAACCUGGUGGGAAUCACUCUGACCAACUGUGGGAUCACUGACCUGGUCCUCAAAGACUGCCCCAAGAUGAUGUUCAUUCAUGCCACCAGAUGUCGAGUGUUGAAGCAGCUGCAGGUAGAAAGCGCCCCGAUAGUGAACAGGUUCGACUACGCUCAGUGUAAGAAGCUGGACAUGGAACAGGUCCUGGAUCAGAUCCUGAGGAUGCCUCCCGAGAGGAACCGCAUUAUCUACAUGCGUCCCAUGCACCAGAUCGACACAGUAGCGGUGGAGCGUCAACUCUUCCAGGGCCCUUAUCCCUAUCACAUCGCCGUAGUGCACGAGUUCAGCAAUCCUCCAAACAUACGCAACAAAGUUCGCAUCCGCAGCUGGAUGGACACCAUAGCUAACAUCAGUCAAGAGUUAAUCAAGUACGAGUUCUUCCCCGAGGCCACCAGGACGGAAGAUGAUGUGAAGAAGUAUCCGAUAUACCCCUGGGGUCGGGAUAUCUACACACUAGAGGGGGUGGUGGACGGUGCUCCCUACAGCAUGGUAACAGAUUUCCCGUGGCUGAGGACUCUGAAGGCGGCCGACUCCAACAGCUACGCCCGCUACGACUUCGAGGACGACGAAAGCACCACCAUUUACGCUCCGCGCCGCAAAGGACAACUGUCGGCCGACAUCUGCAUGGAAACCAUCGGGGAGGAGAUCUCAGAGCGCAGACAGAGCAAGAGAGGAGUGUUUCAGAGAGUGGUCGUCCUCUUCCUUCACCACUGUGACACACCAGGAGAACCUGUGGACGACGACUACAUCUAGACGUGCAACCGUACUCGGCUGUCAGUUCAAGAAGGCACUUUGCAAACUCAUUUCCCAAGACUCUGCACUCUUGUGAUUUGCUGCGUAACGACCAGAUUGAAGGCUUUGUUCAUUUUUUUUGUUUUGUUUUGUUUUGUUUUAUUUUUUUCUCUCCCCCCGUUUCCAUUUCCACGAGUGAAUAAACUUGUUUUUUUGGAACGUUUGAUGGUUGAUGACACGCAUCCGAUGCUGGUUUUCUUCUUAGUUGAACACGAUCCUUAAGCAGACAUGAACACCCAAAGAUAAAAAAAAAAAGUAUCAGAUAAAGGCCUGAAAAGACUUAAGAAAAGAAAGAAUAACCCACUGGAUCCAUCAUGCUAACACGUGCUCUUAUCUUUGUUCUGCAUCACAAAAUUCUACACUUUUAAUUUAGUUUGAGAAAUUAGAGUGUCACAAUAAGCCUAUACUAAUGUUCUCUAACAGACAUUGUUGCCUCUUGUUAAUAAUGGAAAGCGUUUCGUUAUGAAACCGUGAAUGUUCGCAAUCGAAUGAAUUACAAACCCAACCCUGUGAUGACUGACUGGACUGAGUGUGAAAGAUGAAGCCUUUGGUUUUGGGGGGUUUACUGUUGUACAGAUGCCUUGUAUGACGGCGUUAUUCAGUGUUUACAUGGAAAGGAUAAGAUUAUUUCACAUACCAAAAAGUAAAAAUAAAUGGAAAUAUGUCUAUGUGUUUA